AAAAGGGAAAAUUAAAGGGACAAGUCCAACUGGCCAACUUCCCAACUCCCAGCCUCAGCCUCCAACAAACUCUCCAAAGACAUUCUCCAGGAAACCGACACAGUCAUAGCCCAGUCGAAUCGGCAAUACCAUGGGGCUAGACUCAUCACGCUCAUUGAGGAUCAAAGUCCUGCUUCUCAUCGACACCGCCUUCUUCUUCCUCGAACUCAUCGUCGGAUACUCCGUCGGAAGCUUGGCCCUCGUCGCCGAUAGUUUUCAUAUGCUCAACGAUGUCUGCUCGUUAUUGGUUGCACUCUAUGCCAUCAAACUCGCCGGAAACUCCAAGAGGAGUCACGAAUAUUCAUACGGCUGGCAACGUGCUGAGGUACUAGGUGCCCUGAUCAAUGGUGUAUUCCUCCUGGCAUUGUGCUUCUCGAUCUUCCUCGAAGCUAUCCAACGUGUCUUUGAUCCCAUUAAUAUUUCAAGCCCACCCUUGGUCGUGUUAGUCGGCUCCUUAGGUCUGGCCUCCAACAUCGUCGGCUUACUUCUGUUUCACGAACAUGGCCAUGCCCACGGAGGCGGACAUUCUCAUCAUGCACAUUCACGCUCGCAUUCUCAUCCAGAGCAUCUUCCUGUCUCAAGCCACUCUGAAAACAAUCACCAACACCUCCCCACAAACCUCGAUCAACGAGUAUCCCAGCCUGGACCAACCGAUGAACAUACCCCACUUCUUACUCCAGCCUCAGCACCCUCAUCUUCCCCAAUGGUCCGACAACCUUCCUCUAGUUCGAUAUCAUCUUAUGACUCCUCAUCCACCGGUACCAUCUCUCCCAAACCUGACAAGCGCCAAUCCCUGAUUUGUGUUCAUCCUGCUCAAACCAGAAACAACAUUCUCCGGGCCGCCGAACUCCAGCGUGACCAACUCACUCACCAUCAUUCCAGCGCCCGCACUCAGCCCCUUCCCAAAGCUGACAUCACCGACAACCUUCCUACUCAGCCCACAAGUGAUCCUGAGGCUUCUCAUCCCCACCAUCACUCCUCACAUUCACAUUCUCACUCACAUAUGAACAUGCGCGCCAUCUUUUUGCAUGCUUUGGGGGACGCCCUCGGCAAUGUGGGUGUGAUCGUGACUGGGCUAUUGAUCUGGCUGGUCCCCACAAUCGAUCGACACGGGAACGCUGGAAAGAACGGAUGGAUCGUUUACGCUGAUCCUACAAUCAGUUUGGUGAUCACCGGAAUCAUAUUUACCUCUGCACUCCCGUUAGUCAGAUCCGCCAGUUUGAUUUUACUUCAGGGGACUCCUUCGCAUGUUAAUCUUGGUAGAGUUCAAAAGUCGCUCGAGGCCAUCAAAGGUGUUUUGCAGGUUCAUGAACUACACAUUUGGAGCUUAUCGGAACUCAAGCUAGUCGCCUCGGUUCAUGUGCUGAUAAAAAACCAAGAUGAUUUCGUCACCAUCAGUCGCCACAUCCGGAAAUGUCUCCAUCAUUAUGGCAUUCACUCCAGUACUAUCCAACCCGAGAUCCUUCUAGAGGAGCAAGUCAACAGUCUCAGAGCGAUGUCGACCACCUCAUCCGCCUCUCCCCCCGCUCGCUCACGUCCAGCCUCUACUCCAACGACUGAUGUUGCAAAUCUCAUUGAUGUGGAUGGAUGUCUGCAACAAUGUGACGAAACAUGCGACCAGGAAGCUUGCUGCCCUCCUGGUAGCGUGCAGCCCCGAAUUCCUGCCGGUGAUUCUACUGCCCCGUGAAAAACAGAGUCGACCACCUUAGCGUUCCGUCCUCGAUCCCUUCCUUUAUCAUCGUUCUUGUGCAUUUCAAAUUCAUGCCCAUCUGCUCUGCUUUCAUACUGUCAUAAUAGAGUUCCGAGCUUUUUUUUGUGUGUGAUAAUUGUUUGGUGUUUCUUUUUGUUUCCACCUACCUAUAAAUUGCUGCAUCUAAUUUUCUUUUCCUGUACUGCCAUAUGUCACAGAAGAAUAUCCAGUUCAAGCUAUAUAGAUAUUUUUGUGGUUGCUGCUGUUUUGGAGCUGUAUCAUUCACAACUGAGUUUAGCCUUGAACACUGAUUUGGUGUUCUGCUCUUCA